CAACCGCAUUUAUAUAAAACGGGGGAGUGUCACAGAAAACACACUGUAUUUCGUGCUGCGCCUUCAGAGAAAAGAAUCGCUGGUGUCAUGAAGGACGAAUUUAAGUAUCUCACGGGAUUCGGUUGCGAGUUCUCCAGCGAGGACGAGCGUUGUCCAGGGGCGCUACCUGUUGGACAGAACAAUCCGCAAAAAUGUCCGUAUGGCCUCUACGCCGAGCAAUUGUCAGGAACAGCGUUCACCGUUCCACGAAGUCAAAAUAAAAGAUCAUGGCUUUAUCGGAUAAAACCGUCCGUCGUUCACAAGCCAUUCAAGCCCUUCACCAGAUCCUACGAUCUCGAUUCUUAUGUAAUGAACGAUUGGAACAAUACCUCCCCCAAUCCUAAUCAGCUAAGAUGGAAGACGUUCGACGUCCCGACGCGACAAGAUCCCGAGGUCGACUUUGUAGAGGGUCUUCAUACUCUGUGUGGCGCCGGCGAUCCUAAAAUACGCCAGGGCGUCGCGGUGCACGUGUAUCUGUGCAACGCUUCUAUGAAGGAUAGGGCUUUUUACAACGCUGACGGUGACUUUCUCAUCGUCCCUCAGCUGGGCGCUCUGCAGCUCACCACCGAGUUCGGCAAGAUGCGGUGCGAGCCGAACGAGAUAUGCGUUGUUCAGCAGGGAAUGCGAUUUUCCGUAACCGUCUUCGGUCCGUCCAGAGGUUACAUCCUCGAGAUCUUCGACAAUCAUUUUCAGUUGCCGGAAUUGGGGCCGAUAGGAGCGAACGGCCUGGCGAGUCCGAGAGACUUUCAGACGCCGGUGGCUUGGUACGAGGAUCGCGAAAUCGAUUACAAGAUCGUAUGCAAAUAUCAAGGAAAGUUGUUUACGGCUGAUCAAGGCCACAGUCCCUUCGACGUAGUCGCGUGGCAUGGCAAUUACGCACCUUACAAAUAUGAUCUCGAUCGAUUCAUGGUCAUCAAUUCGGUUUCCUUUGAUCACUGCGAUCCAUCCAUCUUCACCGUGCUGACAUGCCCUACUAACAAGCCUGGAACCGCGGCGGCCGAUUUCGUGAUCUUUCCACCCCGAUGGUCCGUGCAGGAACACACUUUCCGGCCGCCUUACUAUCAUCGAAAUUGCAUGAGCGAGUUUAUGGGGCUGAUAAGGGGUCGUUACGAGGCAAAGGAGGACGGUUUCUCCGCCGGUGGUGCAUCGCUGCACUCUGUCAUGACUCCGCACGGUCCUGACAGACAGUGUUUCGAGGCCGCGUCCAAUAACGAGCUGGUGCCAGAACGGAUCGCUGACGGUACGCAGGCAUUCAUGUUCGAGACCUCAUACAGCAUGGCCGUGACAGAAUGGGCCGCUAAGCUGUGCAACAAACUGGACGACAAUUACCACGGAUGCUGGCAGGGUCUACGCAAGCACUUUAAUCCCACCGAUUAGCCGGUCAGAAAUUGCUUACAAUUAGUACGUUUACGUUGAUACAUUCAAGAUUGAUUCAAGAUCGUCUUUGAGACUUACUUUCGUUUAACUCCCCCCAAUGUGUUGAAGCUACUAAGGCCAUUAUCUUUAGAUGACACGUAUUUUAGCGUCGACUAUACGUCUUCAUCAAGAAAAGAAAAAAUGUAUUUUUGAUGACCGAUGAAAAGUGAAAAGGCAGGAAAGAGCCUCUUUCUUUUCACCGGUUUAUUUUCCCUUUCACUGGCGACUGUGUGUUUGAAAGAGAUAACACGCCGGAGUCUUUUAAACACUUUUCUUUCAUUGGUAUUUUAAUAUCUUUUCCGUCGAGGUGGUACCGCGCGCAAUGCGAUCUUUCUCUUCCGACCGUCAAGAAACUUCUACAGCGUAUCGCGUCCGAGAGAUAUCGUGCAAAACUGCAAAAGUUAUCUGGUGCGUGCAGUUGGGACUAUGAAUUCGCUAUAUCGACAUCACGUUCGCACGUAGAAUGUUGCUGGGUGCAAGGAACUUUUAAUAACAUCUACCUUCUACCGAGCUUAUCACGACUUUCGUAAUCAAUGCGAUGCGUGAUUCGACGAUAAUGUGUUAGAUAAAGAUGCAGUAUUACACGAUGUUUCGAAACCGUUGCAUAGCGAGGCGAAUUGUAUCGAAUUCAUUUGAAAUCUUAAAUACGACGUUAUCGUUAAUUACUUCGAUUAAAUGCAAUUUCUCUAUUAAACUGAUAGGAUAUGUUUAAUUACUGAAUAAUGAAAUUUUUGUUAUUCCACAAGUUCAUCGAGAACCAAAAUAUUGUAUACAAUAAUCUAUAAGAUUUGUUUUUAAAUUACAACAGGUUUCGUAAUUAUAAACAACGUCAUGUGGCAAUAUUGUAGCAUAGCUUGCAAUAGAAUAAAUUUCAUCCUAUCUGAGAUCUGACGUUUGCAUAAAUGUUUAUGAAAUCGUUUCUUCGAUUGAGAAUAUAAACAGGAAUCAUGUAAUUUUUUAUGUCGCAACAUGUGCGAUAAAUUUGUUAUUUAAAUGUUCGUUUGAUACGUUUUUUAGGGGCUGAGGUGUCUGGUGGCGUUUCUUUGGUUUUUUGAAAAAUAAAAAUAUUUAUAAAAUA